AUGGCAAAUAAAGAAUCUAUUAAUCCAACCACCAUCACAAACGAACUGUCAAAGGGCGAUAUCGACAACAGCAAUAUUAAGAGUGAAAAUCAACCAGCUACCACCCUAUUCCCAGAGAUCACUCCUACUAAUUCCCGUCAGGAUCCAUUACUAACCGAUCUCUUCCAAUCUAGUCUAGUACCACCCAAACUACCGAUCUCCUCUCCCAUCAUACCAAGCCAAGCGGACGGAAAACAAUUAAAUAAUAGUAAUUUAGAGAAUCAUCAGUUUUUAAAUAUAGUUUCAACAUUUAAUAAUAGUAUUAUUCGUAGUUAUAAGAUAAUAAAUUUUCAACCAAAUUUUAUCGAUUUUCCUAAAGAAAACUAUUUCCAACAGCUUCAAUCAAUUUUUAAAUCAUCAACUUUAAAAACAUUUUUUCAAAUACAAGAAAUAGCUCAGUUUAUAAUAGAAUCUUUAUUAAUAUUAGGUUGCCAGUUGAAUAUUUUAUACUCUCAAGUUAGAAGUACAGCACAUAAAGUUGGUCUUGAAAUAAUCUUUUCUUUCCAAAUUGAUUAA